GAAGCUAACAUCGAAACAAAAAUGGCGUAAUUUGUUGAAUGUCAGAUCAGUGAAAAUGUAAAAUAAAUAAAAAUGUUUAAACGUGUAAAUCAUGUGUUUUUGUGUAUAGCCGUACUCUUAUUAACUUUUAAAACAUGCUUCAGCGACACACCCCUGCCAUUUCUGGCGCUCUACAGUCCAGGGGACAUAGAAUACACGGACGUGGUAGUGCGCAGGGUACAUGACAACCUGACGCUUGUGUGCGAGGUGCGCGGCGAGGAGGGGGAGCGCGUGUUCGUGUGGAACUACGUCAACAACGGCACUGAUGGUGGCCGGCCGUUCACAGUGGACCCCACAGGUCCGGCGAACGUCAGCAAAUUAGAGCGACAUGACCUACAAGAAUCAGAUAGCGGGCAUUACAUGUGCUCGUCGCCGCCGUUCAGCGUCACCAAGUAUAUACUGGUGCAGCCGAGAGGUGGUCCGCAAUGUGCCCGCGGUGCGUUCACAUGCGGCGCCCGGUGCGUGCUCGCUGCGUACGUGUGUGACGGUCGCGCGGACUGCGCGCGGGGGGAGGACGAAUCUACCGCGUUCUGCCCGCCCGCGCCUUGUCACAGUAGUACCCGUUUAAACUGCACAUCGGGGCGCUGUAUCCCGGCGGCCGCGUGCUGUGCCCCCGGGGCUGCGCUGUGCCGCCAGCCCGCCUGCUGCGCGGAGCACCCGCGGUACUACCGCCGGCGGCUCGACGAGGAAGAUUUGGACGUUCUGGAGUAUCCGCCGCUAACGGAGGACAGACACACGCCCGACGAGUUUGGCUUCAUACAGUCCACCAUUUACACGGUUACCGCAUGUGCCCUAAUAUUCAUGAUAGCAGUUGUACUAUUGGUGUCUGCGUUGUGUAAAAUGCACUUGAAAAGAGCGGCCUUGAGGGGAUAUAGGCACACGGCUCAACACUAUUCGGCUCGCUACCCGCCAAGGUAUGAAGCGACAAGACUACUAGAUCUACCGAACUUAAGUCCAACAAGACAACCAGCACAGUGUGAAUCAGAGAGUGCCGUUUCGUCGCCAAUGUGCGAAGCCCCCAAUACAAGUAAUUCGGGCUUCGCCCUUUCACGGUUGUCGUCCAUGUUCUGUACUAGAUACGCGCAGGUGCCAACGCAAUGUGACGUCGAAAUGACGGACGUCAGAUCGUCAUCGCUAAACAACUCGCCAACACGUAACCCGCCAUUGGACUAUCGUUCACCAAUCACCAACUCAGAUUUAUACUACACGAAUCCAGAUUUAACUAACCUAGGCAGAGAUUUGAAUUACAUGGCAACACCUAUUGAGUUCUUUAGACGAAGAAAUUUACGUAGAAACACGCUAGAUCGAGUUAUAGAUCAUUUAACACACACGCCAAGACCGCUAACCUUACAGUUAGGCAGGUUCCAAUUCAGUAUACCGCGAUUUAACAGACAGCCUAGGCCAGACACUCCAGAUAUAGCGGAAAUUAAUAUAGAUAAUCUAGAUUUUGUUAGAUUGAAUGCCAACGAUACGUACACUCUAAACGGUAGGACGAUUCGUCUUUUGGGGGCUGAUUUUGAGAAUUAUCCAAGUAUGGAUGGGAAUAGGCCUCCGCCCUACACUGAAGCUAUGCGAUAUAAAAUGUACGGGCCUCCGCCGGAAUAUUUGAGUCGUGAAGGCAUAAAUCGGGAAAACGAAGCGACUAAUAAUAUAGAAAUGCCGCCGUGCUACGAUGACCUGUCGAAUACUAACGGAAAUUCCGCGGGUAACGGAAACGCCAGUGAUAACGGAAAUACAAGUGGUUCAAGUAACGAAGCAAAUGCCAGUGUUAACGAUAACGCGUGUUAUAACGGAAACGCGAGUAACGAUAGCGGGAAUAUCGCUAGUUGCAGUAAUAACGGAAAUUCCGUGACUUAUAACAUUAAUGGAAAUAUACCGAGUUACCAUAAUAAUGAUAACAGCGCCAGUAUGAAUAAUAACGGAAAUUCCGGCAGUAAUAACGGAAAUUCCGCGAGUUGCAAUGAUAACGGAAAUUCCGCAAGUCACAACGACAACGGAAACACAAGUGCCAUAGACAACGGAAACCAGAGUUGCGCACAAAAUGACAUAGACAACGGAAACGCAACAAUACCGGAAACGAUUAGUUCAGUUAUAGACAACUUGCCAGCCAUAGACAGCGAUGUUAUGGUCAACGAAUAGAAUAAGUUUGUAUUAAGUUAGUUUUAAGUAUUGGACACUAUAAAGUAAUUUUAAGUUUUUUCGUUACAUUUUGUAACAAUUUUUGCCAGAUAUUUUUGUAGAGCACAAGUUUUUUGUCGUUUUUUGUUGCGUUUUAAACGCAAUUUGCAGUUGAAAAAAAUUUACAAUUAAUUCCAUGCAAAUUUUCUUUUGAAGGAAUAGAAAUUUUCCUGUGAACAAAUUUGUUUGUCUGUUUUAAAGACGGUAUUAAUUAUAAUAAUGAAUUGUCUAGCCCAUUUUGGGUAAAGUGUUGCCAUUUUUUAAAUCACUUCUUGCUUUAAAUGUUAGAAAUCACAAUAUAUAGAACUAUUAUAGAUAGAGUAGGUAUAGUUCGAUUAGAAAGAGAGAGAAAGAUUGAAGUAUAUCUCUCUCUUUUUCUCAUUAAUAAAAAAAAUAUUGCAGAACUAGAUUUCCGCCCGCGGCUUCGCCCGCGUUUGCAAAGGAAAACCCGCAUAGUUCCCGUUCCCGUGGAAUUUCCGGGAU